CCACUCGGUGCCAACCGCAAAAUUAUGUCAACUUUGUCGCACAGAGUUUUGAUCAUGACAACAACAAUUUCGCUGUAGACCAAAUUUAUGGAGGGCGGCAUCAUGGAAGUCAGCGAUACUAAACGGAAGGCCACACGCACUCUACGUGGCUCGUCAAAGAGAGCAAAGAUCGAAUCUUCUGCCAUUGAUCCUGCAUUCUUCAGUUCUGAUAGCGACGGCGAUGACAAUUACUCAGACCAGGGCGAAUCCGAUGCUUCUCAUGAUGAGGAUCUCGAGCCUACAGAGACUCCACAGACACCGUUCUCCCCGCCGCAGCGAAAAUUCCCAUCAGAAUUAAAGACCAUAAAAUGCACCUAUGACGGUUGCACGAAAACCUUCAACAGGCCUGUUCGCCUUGCAUCUCAUCUCCGGUCACAUACGAAUGAGCGUCCAUUUGCAUGCACAUAUGCAGACUGCGAUAAAGCGUAUAUAGAAGAGAAACAUUUAAAGCAGCAUAUCAAGGGAUCUCACACGCACGAAAGAAACCACCACUGUGACUGGGAAGGCUGCACAAAAAGUUUUCUAACGGCUACACGACUUCGAAGACAUCAAGCAGCCCAUGGGGGACAUGAACGCUUUCGCUGCACGGAAUAUCCGCCGUGCACCGAGACCUUCCGGAAACAUCAAACCCUACAACGUCAUAUUCGUUCAGACCACCUAAAACUGACCCCAUUCCCAUGCACAUUUAUGGACCCGACUACAAACUUGCAAUGCACGGCGGGAUACGAUUCAGCCGGAGCCCUAAGGAAACACGAAGACCGCCUCCACGGUGCCCUCCGAUUCUGGUGCGACGUCUGCACCACAGAAGGCGCUCCGCAGCCAGCCGGCUUCCCCACAAACACCCAACUAGCCAAACACAUCCGCAACGAGCACGCAAACUGUAUCUUCUGCGACCUGCGAUGCUCCUCCGAGCGCGAGCUACAACGCCACAUCGAGACCUUCCACGCCGCCACCUCCUCUUCCCCAGCAAGGAAACAGAUCCCAUGCACCUACCCCGGCUGCGAUAAAUCGUUCACCAAGAAAUACAACCUCGAUGUCCACGUGCGCACCUCGCACGAAGGCCAGCGUUUCAUCUGCGGCCAAACGGAUUUCAGCAAGUCCGCUAAGCUAAGGACAUGGGAUGGUUCAGAUGCCUGCGGGAAGGAUUUCGUCUCCAAAGUCAACCUCGAGGACCACAUCCGCACCCAGCACCUCGGGCUCCCGAGCACAGUCAAUGCCCGCCGCGUCAAGAAAAACAGCAUCGGCGCGAAGCCACGCAAGGCAAAGUCCGUCAUGGACGACGCAGUUAACGCCCUAACAGGGACGAACUACGCCCAAGACCCCGUCCGCAACAUCCCCUGCGACGUCGGGGAAUGCGACUGGAUGUUCUCCCGGGACUAUGAUCUCAUUCAGCACAAGCGCGUGAAGCACGGCGUCGUUCCCGUGUUCGAGACGAAGCCCGAGAUGCUGCAGCCGGAUUUCGGUGGUAUGAUGAUGGAGGCGCCGGAGCCGAUGUAUAAUGGGCCUCCGCAUAUUAGUGAUGAUAGGGGGGAGUGUGAGCGCCUUAGUUGCCCGCAUUGGGAUCAUGUGGUUUUAUAUGAUGAUUAUUAUGGCCUUGAUGGAUUUAUGGGGGUGGAGGAAGGGGAGGCUGAUAUGGGGCUUCAAGGGGGGUUGGAGUAUCCCGAGCCGCCGGAUUAUAUGACUGGGAAGACAUAUGAUCUAGAGAUUUAGAUGGGGGGUGGGUAAAAGUUUAUAUGGGGGGAUUCGCAAGUGCUGCGUCUCUCCUUAUUGUUAGCGAUUUUUGAGCUUGGUAAAAGAGCACGCUUGGGUGUAUCCAAGCAUAUAUGUGUUUAUGACCUCAUGAGAAUAGAACAAGAUUCAAACCA